AUGCAGAUGGCCCUCUCGAGCGGGCUCACGAGGGCCAUCGGCGUCUCCAACUACAACGUGACGCACCUUGAGGCGCUCCUCGCGGCGCCGACGACGCGCGUCAAGCCCGCCGUCAACCAGUGCCAGAUGUCCAUCAACGGCUCGGCCUUUUGCUCGCCCGAGACCGGCGUCUGCCUGCACGGGCCGGGCCACGACGACGCGACGAUCGCCUUUUGCCGGACGCACAACAUCACCUACGAGGCUUACGACGUGAUGAGCGGCUGCCCCUUCCACGACGCGCGCCUCGGCGCCAUCGCGCGCGCGCACGGCAUGAGCGCCGCCCAGGUGUGCUUCCGCUGGACGCUGCAGCGAGGAGCGAUCCUCGCCACCGGCACAGGUCACAACGCGACCAAGGCCGCGCUGCACUCCAAGGACGAUCUGGGCACGUACGACCCGAACUUUGAGCUGACGGGCGAGGAGAUGGCGUACCUCGACGGCAUCCGUCCUCAGCGGGAGGGUGUGAGGACGUGAGGCUGAGCGGGUGACGACAGAGAGUGUGGUGUGUUUCGGCGCGGGAUCGAAGUCACAUUGCAUAAAACCAUGUAAUUU